UCCUCAAUCCAAUACAUUUCGUGGAGAAACUGGAUUAUUGGUGGGACAGAAUCUAUUAACUGCUUGUGAAACAAAGGAUUAUACGAAACGAUCAAAUACAUUUCGUAUUACAUCUACGGCUACCGGAGCUCGGUAUCUAUUUCAAGCUCAGACCAGUGAAAUUAUGAGAAAGUGGCUUGAUUUAAUUCAAAAUAUCAACCGACAAACGAGAUCAACAUCAGGUCCAACCCUCAUCACUUUAUCGAGACCAUCUGAAGAAUUCCAGAAUCCUUUAGUCAUUGUAGAUAUGCAUGAAACAUUGACUACAUCGAAAAAAUUAACUUUAACACAAAUGUUGAGAUCAAAGACAACUAAUCAAAUAUCAUGCAUGCGAAGACAUAGUUCAACCCAGGAUAAUGAUCUUACAAAUAAUAUGUUAGAGAACACAGAAUCACCACAAAUUCGAAUGAAACGAUUUCCUUCAGUUCGUACAAUGAAAGUAUUUUCACCAAGACAAGUAGUACGUUGGCUGACAUUUAAAUAUUCUUCAUUUUCACCCUCCUGCUCCUCUUCCUCCGGUAUGAGUCAUCAAACGCCUAAAUUGAUUAGAAGUAGUACAUCACAUAAUAUGGAAUCUGAACAGUCUGGUCAACCAACUCCAUUACUACGCAAAAGUUUAACUUAUGGUUCCUUGCAUAAAAUUAGUCGAUUUUCUAUUACACCAAAGAGUCAUAAAGAUACAUGACAUGGAUAUCAUUAGAAUUGGUGUGUAAAAUACAUAUCGACUAUAACAUUUGAUUAUCGUUAAUGUCCCCCCCCCAUCAAAAAAAUGAUAAUUUUUAAUUUAGUUUAUAAGGUAUUAGCAACUAUUCAAUAAAGAGAAUACUUCAUUGAGCCUUUAAAUGUUUAGGUCUAUAUAUAUUCCAAUUAUGAACAAUAAACAAAUGAUUUAUAUUUACAUUUCAAUAAAAGUUAUUUCACAGUUAA